AUGGCUGCAGGCAUGGGCUUCAUGGGCUUCGCGCUCAGCGCGUUGUUUGUCAUCGUAGCUUCAGGAUUGAAGCGCAAGGAACCGCACUCCAGUGAGGAGAUGGAGCUAAGGCAGGGCAUGCCUUCACCAAUGAACCUUAACGAUACGGAGUUGAGUGUGCAGAUGGAUCUAGACGAGGGAAAGGCCUUACAGGCCACCUUGGAAAAGUACGCUGCAACUUUGCCUGAGGGUGCCACCAAGGACCUUCUACGUAGCUUCCGAGUCUGUGGGGCUUGCCAGAACUUUCAACGCUUUGGCGAGCCGAAUGAUGGUGGCUAUCUCAUGUGCAUGGACCACAUGUACGGCGUAACGGCUGCAUACUCCAUGGGCGUAGAACAUCAUGACAAAUGGUCUGGCGAUGUGGCUGCUACAUGGCACGUCCCCGUGUAUCAGAUGGAUUGCACCGUGAAGGAGGCGGCUCAGGUGUGCCCAGGCUGCCAUUUCUUCCGCAGCUGCCUUUCCGCGCCCGGCGGCCCGAAGCCUGCAUGGACCUUGGCCGAGACCUUGCAGCACACGGGCCAGGGAGCAGCAGGCGAUAGGACCCUUUUUGGCAAGAUUGACAUUGAGGGCUCUGAGUGGGGUGCUCUCGCGGCCGCCGAUGUCUCAGUGCUUAGGCGCUUCCGACAGCUCGUCAUCGAAUUCCACAGGCUGAAUGAGGGCUUUCAUCACGCUAGCUACCUGAAGGCCAUGAAAAAGUUGGAGAUGGCGGGCUUGCGGGUGGUCCACAUACAUGGCAACAAUAACGGGCCUAUGUACAGCGCUGGGGAGUACCAGAUCCCUGUAGUGAUUGAGGCCACUUUCGACUCCAGCGCCCAGCCUCUGGCCGAAUGCCUUCCUGACCAGAAGAUGCGUGCGCUUGACAGCCCUAACAACGCUGUUGGGACAGAGCUUCCGCCGGCCCACCUCCCCAACUUCUGA